UUUUAAAUUAACACGAUAAGCUUUGAAUAAACAAGCGUAUAAUUUAUGCGCGUACAUGCGCGUCUUACAGACGGGAGAAUAUUUUCUGGCGUUCGUACGCGACAUUCAGGAAAGAAUGUUUAAAUAAUGAUAAAAUUAUCUAUUACCGUGAUGUAGUUCUUAUACAGUUUACUACCUGAAAAAGUAUCAACACGAUCAGAAGAGGUAUAACGCCGUAAAAUAGUUAAUGUAAAAUGGAAACGGCGGAAAUCGAGGACGAACAAACUCAUAUACGUCCCAUAAAAUUACCAGCAGCUGUUGAAGUGUUUGCAAAUUUGAAAAAUGCUCAAAAAUUUGCCAUUGACAUUGGCUUAUCAUUGACAAAAAUAGCUUACUAUUCAACAGUUAGUUAUCGCAAAGCAUUGUAUGAAGAUACAGGAUUGGGAAACAGUGGAGAACGUGCAUACAAAGUGCAUGAAGGGAAUAGGCUUCACUUUGUUAAAUUUGAAACAAGAUACAUUGAAAAUUGUUUGGAUUUUGUAAAAGAGAAUUUAGUAAAUGUUGAAAGAUUUCAAGGUAAAAGUAUUAAAGUAACUGGUGGAGGGGCAUACAAGUAUACUCCUUUGUUACAAGAAAAAUUAGGCUUAACGGUUGAUAAAGAAGAUGAAAUGACAUGUUUAAUAAAAGGUUGCAAUUUUUUACUUAAGAAUAUCUCAUGUGAAGCAUUUGAGUUUGAAAGACAUGGCAAUCCUGAAUAUAAAUUUCAAAAGGCUGGUCCUAAUAUAUUUCCAUACAUGUUAGUAAAUAUUGGUAGUGGUGUCAGUAUUCUUAAAGUAGAGUCUGAUAAAGUAUUUGAAAGGGUUGGUGGGACAGCUACAGGGGGAGGAACAUUUUGGGGAUUAGGUUCUUUGCUGACAAAAAGGAAGGGCUUUGAUGAAUUACUGCAACUUGCAGAAAGAGGAGAUCAUCGAAAUGUCGAUAUGUUAGUAAAAGAUAUUUAUGGAGGUGACUAUUCCUCUCAAGGAUUACCUGGAGACCUUAUUGCAGCCUCUUUUGGCAAAGUUGUGUCUUAUAAAGGUCAACCUAAAUUUUCGGAAGCCGAUCUCGCGAGAAGUCUUUUACUUACGAUAAGUAAUGAUAUCGGACAAAUAGCUAGUUUGUAUGCAACUGUACAUAAAAUGGAUAAAGUUUAUUUCGGUGGUUACUUUCUACGUAAUCAUCCAUUAUCAAUGCAUACCAUUUCGUAUUCCAUCAAAUAUUGGUCAAAUGGUAAAGUAAAGCCCCUAUUUCUUCGUCACGAGGGUUACCUUGGUGCAAUUGGAGCAUUUUUGUAUGGUGCUGAACAGUCUAAUGAACAUAGUUGGUUAGAAAAUUAUGCAGGAUCGUCAGGUUUUAAAGAUUCGAUAUCUACCAAUCUCGGAAUUAAAGUGGAUCAGUUGGAAAUUGACCAAGCAGAAAAUGCUGUUACAUUUUGUCCACUUCUAAAAGAUCCCUCAUCUUAUAACCCUGAUACAACAGACCUUGCUCAAGAUAAGGAAGCUAGAGAUUACUGGCUUCAGUGUUUUGAAGAAUCAGUAGAUAAAUUUGUGGCAAGAGCUAUUCAUAGUCAGCCACAUAGUCCAACUGCAAAAGAUAGAGCAACAAAAUUGAAAGAGAAAUAUGUUAAUAGACUGCAUUACCUACAUCUCCAACCAUUCGCUUAUGGAACACUUACUGUAAGAGUAUUACUAGAUACUAUUGAACAUUGUAUGAAGGAAUUUGACUUUCCUGACCCUUAUUUGCAUCAAAAAAAGCAAGAGAACGAGGAAGCGUUAAAACAUUUGAAAAAUCGGAUAAUAGCUAUUGAUUACUUGGAAGGAGCGGACAAAAUCAAAGCUUUGAUACUUGGAGUUCUAAGCGGUAAUAUGUUUGACUGGGGUGCUAACGCGGUAGCGACAUUGAUGGAAACCACCGACUUCGGUUUUGCUGAAGCUCAAGCAAAAAUACCGGGUAGACCUUGGCUACAAGAUGAUUUGGACGAUUGGAUAGAUAGAUUAGAAACAGGACCACCCCAUAAAUGUGCCGCUAUUUUUGUUGACAAUAGCGGGGUUGACAUAGUAUUGGGAAUUUUACCAUUCGCAAGAGAUUUGCUGUUACGAGGGACAAAGGUUAUUCUGUGUGCUAAUUCUAUGCCAGCCUUGAACGACGUGACGUAUCCAGAAUUAGUUGUAACAUUACGGGACGCAGCAAAAUUAUGUAAAGUUAUUAGGCAGGCUCUAAAAGAAAACCGAUUGAUCGCUAUGGAAACAGCUCAGGCUGGUCCUUGUCUGGACUUAAGCCGAUUAAGUUUAGAUUUAUGUCUCGCUAUGGUGAAACAUAAUGUCGAUCUUAUCGUACUCGAGGGAAUGGGAAGAACCCUUCAUACCAAUCUUCAUGCAAAACUGACCUGUGAAUGUUUAAAAUUAGCUGUCGUUAAAAAUCGAUGGUUAGCGCUACGAUUGGGUGGGGAUAUGUACGCUGUAAUAUGUAAAUACGAACGACCACCGCAAGAAAUUAAAAUAUACGAUAUAGAGAUGAAACCGACGGAAUGUCCACCAGAAUGUGUAGAGACAGUAACGGAAAUUUGCACCUGCGAUAUUAAAAAAUAAAUAACAAUAAGGAACUGAAAAAUCAUACAUUAAAGUAUUUCUUCACUUACGUUUAGAUGUAUAUACAUGUGUAUAUGAACGAAAAAUUUAAGUAUAUUUUAGAAUUUCAUACGACAAUUUAUGUAUAUUGUAUAAAAACUUUUAAAUAUUUUUACAAAAUUUGUUGUUGUUUGUUUUCAACAUUGUAAUUGAUAUAAAAUUUAUAUUGGAAGUGAUUAUGACUAAAAAGGAAGCUUGGUUGAUUGCAUCAUAUAUUUUGCUCCACGAUAGACUAAACGAAAUUUAUUAAAACGAAAGUUUGCAAAUAAUUUCACUUUUUUUUAUAUUUACUGUACAAAUCGAGGUUAUGGAAUGUUGAAUAUUGUUGAAUUAACCAACUUUUACAAUCCAGCCUACUUGUUGUUCAAGUAUAAAAACUUUAGGGUUGACAUGGAUGAAUUACGACUAACACCUAGUCAAAGACAAUAAAAUUAUUUUCUCAGUAAUUUAAAGAGGUUACCGUAGUUUAAACGAUAAGCGAUGCGAUCAAUUAUGACAAAGAUAUGUAUCAUAUGAUAUUGUAUAGUAUAUCUUCUGUGAUAAUGUAAUAUUCAAAAAGGAAGUUACAUAUACGUGGUAAAUUAGAACAAUGAAUUGGUACAUCAUAAUAGAGUAUAUAUAAAAGGAAGAAAAGAAAUAUAUUAAGUUAGUACCUCCUAAUCUUGAGAUUAGAAAUGAGCGGUUUCAAAUGACAUUGUUUUACAGCAUAAUGAACUCAAAUACAUACAUAUUCCUUUUUAUUAUAAUAUUAUGAAAACAAUUUAUUAAUUCUGACAGUAUUUAUGAAUACGCUAUACGUUUUUAGAAAUGACCAAUUUGUGAAGAUAUACUUCCAGAUUAUACAACUGCUACCAAAAUGAUAUUAUAAACUCUUUUUUUGAGAUGAAAUGAUUGAAAUGAUAAAAACGCGAAGAUUAUAUACAAAGUACCGAGUAAUUUUAAUAAAAUGAAGACAAUUUGUUGAAACUUGAAAUUAAUUACCAUGUUACUGUAGAACAUGGUUUCAAAACAGAGAUUUAUAUGUGAACAGUUUGUUAAUACUUGAUAUAAAUAUAUGCGUAUGUGAUACACGAAUUGCUUUGUAAUAUGUAAAUAAAAUAUGAAUUUUCGAGAUCUAA